AUGGGCAGUCAGGUUUCGUUAUUUCUUUCGUCUCUCUCUGUCUGUCUGUCUCUCUCUCUCUCUCUCUCUGCUUCCUUUUUCUUUCUUUCUUUUUCGCCUCUUCUUUUUUCUUUCUUUCUUUAUUUUUUGUCAUUUCCUUCUUUAAUUUCUAUUUUGUUUCUUCUUACUUUGUCACUUCUUUCUGUCUUUCUUUCUUUCUUUCUUUUUCAUCUCCUUGGGGCUUUCUUUCAUUCUUUCUUUCUUAUCUCCUUGGGGCUUUCUUUCUUUCUUUCUUUUUCAUCUCCUUGGGGCUUUCUUUCUUUCUUUCUUUCUUUCUUUCUUUCUUUUUCAUCUCCUUGGGGCUUUCUUUCAUUCUUUCUUUUUUAUCUCCUUGGGGCUUUCUUUCAUUCUUUCUUUCAUUCUUUCUUUCAUUCUUUCUUUCAUUCUUUCUUUUUCAUCUCCUUAGAGCUUUCUUUCUUUCUUUCUUUCUUUCUUUCUUUCUUAUCUCCUUGGGUCUUUCUUUCUUUCUUUCUUUCUUUCUUUCUUUCUUUCUUAUCUCCUUGGGUCUUUCUUUCUUUCUUUCUUUCUUUCUUUCUUUCUUUCUUUCUUUCAGAUUCGCUUGUACUUUUUUCUUUCUUUCUUUCUUUCUUUCUUUCUUUCUUUCUUUUCUCUUUCAUCCUAUUUUUUCUUUUCUUUAUUUUUUUUGUAAUAUCUUUCUUUAAUCUCUGUUUCGUCUCUUUUUCUCUUUCGUCUCACCUUCCUUUCUUUAUCUUUCGGUCUUUCUAUUUCGUUCUUUCUUUCUCUCUUUCUUUCUUGCUUUCUUUCUUUCUUUCUUUCUUGUUUCAGACGUCAUUUCUUUUGAUUACUUCUUCUUCAUCACUUCACCCCCACCAAUUCUACUUUUCUCCUCACUCACUCCCAUCACCACUACCGCAACCACCCUGUUCUGAAUCUUUCCUCUCCCCUCUCCCCCCACCCAAAUUCAAACCCCCACCCACCUUCAUAUCCCUUUCGCUCUUAUUUUUCCACCAUCCACCUUCUCCUCUCACGGACGCCAUAAGACGCAAAUAUCUGUCCACACAGGCACGCUCACUCACAACGACAGAGAUUUGCACCCAACUUUUUUAUUUCUGUACCUUCUUUUUUCGAUGUUCUUCACCUUUUUUUUCACUUUCUUUGAUUUCUUUCUGCAAACUCUCAAUUUACAUUUUCUUUUCUCUCUACGUUAAUGUUUUCCUUUCUCUCUUUUUGUUUGUUUUUUUUUUCUUCAUUUGUAAUUUAUUUAUUUUUUUUGCAGCAGUUCUUUUUUUCUGUCUUUCCUUCUUUUUUCUUUUCUGUACACACUGUGCAUUUCAUUUCUUUUAUUUCUCAUGUCCUUUCUUUUUCAUCUGUACUUUUUUUGUCAUCUUUUCUUUCUUUUUCCUUGUUCUUUCUUUUUCAUCAGAAAUUUCUUUAUUUUCAUCUGUUUCUUUCAAUUUCAUCUGUUCUUUCUUUUUCAUCUAUUAUUUCUUUCUUUUUCAUCUGUUUUUUUUUUCAUCUAUUAUUUCUUUCUUUUUCAUCUCUUCUUUUUUACUUGUUCUUUCUUUUUCAUUUCUUCUUUGUCAUAUUCCUUUUUUCUUUCCUUCUUUCUCAUCUAAAUAUGCAUCAUCUCUUCUCUUCUCCUUCCCCCGCCUCCCACUUCCUCUCGGUGCACACGUGCCGACGGAAUCGUCUCUAAUAAACCCUUUACAUUUCUCACAUCCAUCACUUAAAGUCACCAGACCCUUUUUGCUUGGUAACAACCCGACAAAUAUGUCUUUUUUUUUUUACCCUCCCUAUUUGCCAUCUCCUGUCACUCCCCGCCCCCUGCUACUCAUCUCUUUAAUUAGGUUCAAUUCCUCAUCUUUCCCUGACGCAACAUAUUCCGAAUAUUACUCGAUCCCUAGAUGCCUUCUUUUCCGGCGUCAUGUUCGUUACCCACUUCUUGCUUUUUUUCUAAUUUUCUCCAUUCACACCACUUAUGUUUUUUUCUUCUUCUUCUUCUUCUUCUUCUUCUAUUUCUCCCUGCCAUUUCGUCUCCCACCCAAUGACUCUCUCGCCCACUACCCACGCGGCCGCUACCCAAGCAUGUGUAUAUUUUACACAAAUCAAUUUCAAACCUUCGCUUAUUUAAUACCUAUUCUUAUCCAAUUCCUCUCCUUCCGCAAUGAUCUCUUUUCUUCUCUCUAUCCCUGA